CUUUCAAGCAUUUAUUUCAGGGAUUCCAAGCCAUCUCGUCAUACAACAUGCGUUCGUUCAUUAUCAUCCCAUUUCUUUCCUCUGCUGCUCUUGCGGCAUUCAACACCAGAAUCUGUGAUGGUGCAGGAGGAUGUGUCGGUACUACUUGGUCCGUCGGGGAUCCUUUCCGCUGCCCUGAUGAGACUCGAUUGAAUGUCCAGCAAACCGCCGGCAACAGCAUUGAUACUGGGAACGGCUCAUACGAGAUUAUAACCAAGGAGGAGUUUCCCAGCUCAUGCCUGAGAGGUGUGAAGCCCGCCGACACCGAUACUCUUGUCCUCCACCAUACAGAGUUUGGACAGAAGAUGUACGUCUUUCUGGCCGAGACGUGCACGGAAACCAACCCGAUCGCCGAUUGUUACAGUGCCAACCCUAACCCAUCAACAACUACUAUCUGUCAGUUGGUUGACACUACCGGAAAGAAUUGUGAGAUGAAUCCCCUUGCCGGUGAAUGUGAAAGGUGGGGAACCUCAGCUGGGCGUGAGCACUGCGCGGGGUGGACCCCAGAUCAGGUUGAGGAACCCUCUGAAUCAUAGGCUCCACGUGGGUUAAGAUUUAUCUACGAAGCUUGCGACUCUUGAAUUAAGUUUUCUGUUGUAGGAUAACGCAACCGCCAUGCUAU